UUUAUUUUUAAUUCAUUCAUGUAGACAAAUCUUUUAUGUGUCUUCUUUAGAUGCGUGGGUGUGCAUAUGUAUGCUUACUUUGUGUCUGUGUGUGUAUGCUUGUCUGGCUGUGUCGUUUCCUGCUGGUGCUUAAGUCAUGCCUCGCAGAACGGAUGCCAGGAGCAGCUGUUGCUUUCCACUGCACUUGAAUGAGGACAAUGCUCGUUUUGGCCUGUUGGCGGCGUUCAUCCUGCUCUACCUGCUCUGUGGGGCCCUGGUGUUCUCCGCCCUCGAGCGUCCGUCUGAGCUGCGGGCGCACCAGCGCUGGGAGGAACAGCUGGCUAACUUCACCCGGCAGCACAGGCUGAACCUGGAGAACCUGCAGGCUUUGCUGAGGCACUAUGAGGAGGCCUUCGUCACAGGCAUCCGUGUGGACACUCUGAGACCUCGCUGGGACUUCUCUGGAGCUUUCUACUUUGUCGGUACCGUAGUUUCCACAAUAGGUUUUGGCAUGACUACACCUGUGACGAUAGGGGGCAAAGUGUUUUUAAUAUUCUAUGGACUUAUUGGUUGUGCCGCAACCAUCUUGUUUUUCAACCUCUUCCUGGAGCGCAUCAUCACCAUGUUGGCGUACAUCAUGCGCUGGUGUCACGAGAGGCAGCUGCGGCGUGCUGGUGUGGGAGGAGAGGAGGCUCACAGUGAGGAUGACAGCCUGGAAGGCUGGAAACCCUCUGUCUACUAUGUGAUGCUCAUCCUGGGGGUGGCAGCACUGCUGAUUGCCUGCUGCGCCUCAGCACUUUACUCGUCUAUGGAAGACUGGGAUUACUUUGACUCACUCUAUUUCUGCUUUGUGGCCUUCAGCACCAUUGGCUUUGGAGACUUAGUGAGUAGCCAAAGGGAGAGCUACAAGGCACAGGAGGCUUACAGACUAGGAAACUGUCUUUUUAUCCUCAUGGGUGUUUGCUGCAUCUACUCACUUUUUAAUGUCAUUUCCAUCAUUAUCAAGCAGACCCUAAACUGGAUCCUGGCUAAGCUGGAUUGCAGCAAGUUGCAGUGUCCCUGUCGAGGACGGACCUACAGAAGGCAAGGCUCAGCAUGCUGCUGUUGCUGCCUUCCCAGCCAGCGGCACAGCCAGCACCCCAUAACCGGAAACCCCCGCCAGAGGGCACAGAAACGCAAUGCUGUACACCCAGCCCCUGCCAAUGAGGCUGCGCGGAAGCAGCGCUUCACUAAUGCAUCAGUGGAAACAGUAUGUGAUAGUGAGACUGAUCCUGGCCCCGGGCCAGAUGGAGGUUAUCUCACAGGGCACAGACUCUCAGGAGAAAUGAUCUCUGUCAACGACUUUAUGGCCAACAAGGUGUCUCUGGCCAUUCUGCAGAAGCAGCUCUCAGAGACCGCCCAUGGAAACCCAAGACAGAGCCAUGUUCGUCAGAACGGCUUUUCUGUUGGAGUAGGAGCCUUCGCCAUUAUGAAUAACCGCCUACAAGAGACGAGUGUUGACAGGUAG